GCGCUGCCGAUCUCCUCGCCGCCUCCAUCCCCGCGGCCUCCGCUCCCCUCUCCGUCCGCACAUGCACCAUGACGAAGAAUGAGAAGAAGUCCUUCAACCAGACCUUGGCCGAGUGGAAGCUCUUCCUUUACAACCCGACCACCGGACAGUUCCUGGAGUGCACGGCCAAGAGCUGGGGUUUGAUCUUGCUCUUCUACCUAGUUUUCUAUGGGUUCUUGGCUGCACUCCUCACAUUCACAAUGUGGGCUAUGCUUCAGACUCUGAAUGAUGAGGUUCCAAAACAUCGUGACCAGAUUCCCAGUCCAGGACUGAUGGUUUUUCCAAAACCACUGAUUGCACUGGAAUAUACAUUUAGUGAGUCUGACCAAAAUUCCUAUAAAGGGUACAUUGAAGACCUUCAGAAGUUUCUGAAGCCAUAUUCUUUAGAAGAACAGAAGAAUCUCACAAACUGUCCUGAUGGAGCACUAUUUGAACAGAAGGGUCCAAUUUAUGUUGCAUGUCAGUUUCCUGUUUUCUUGCUUCAAGAAUGUAGUGGUAUGAAUGAUCCUGAUUUUGGCUAUUCCAAAGGACAAUCUUGUAUUCUUGUGAAAAUGAACAGAAUAAUCGGAUUAAAGCCUGAAGGAAAUCCAAUUAUAGAUUGUUUGUCAAAGGAUCAAAGCAUAGCAAAUGUAUCAACUUAUCCUAAUAAUGGAAUUAUAGACUUAAAAUAUUUUCCAUAUUACGUGAAAAAACUACACGUCGGGUAUCGACAACCCUUAGUUGCUGUCCAGGUCAUGUUUGGAACUAACAGUACCAAGAGAGAAGUAACAGUUGAGUGCAAAAUUGAAGGAACAAGCAACCUGAAAAACAAGGAUGAUCGUGACAAGGUUUUGGGACGAGUUGUGUUCAAAAUCACAGCCCUAGUCCGAGUGGGGUGCCUCCACAGAAUAAAUGUGCUGUCUGUCUGCAUUUGUGUCAGCUGGUCCUGCCAUUCUAGGAGGAAGUGGUGCUGUAUCUGA